AUGAAAGCCCUCCUCUUUGUCCUGCCCACGCUCUACCUCCCCGGAGUUCUCGCCGUAACAUGCUACCGCCCCAACGGAAUCUCCUCAACGAACGGCGACUCGAAAUCAUGCCACAGUAUCAACGGCGCCCCGAGCAUGUGCUGCAACGAGUACUACGAGUGUCUAGAGAAUGGGCUCUGUAAAGUCGCGGCCGAUACGGGCGUCGAAGGAUCGAAUGUGACGUACUGGCGCGAUACGUGCUCUGUCAGCAACUGGCCGGAGGUGGGUCUUCACAAGUUUCUGCUUCGCCGUUUGGGAUUUCCUAGAUCGGGCGCUGUGCAUAGUGAGCGGCGACCUCGCCGGCGAAAACGCGCGAAUAACACCCUGCGACGGGACAGAUACCUCGGAAACGUGGUGUUGCGGGACCGCAGCGGAUUGCUGUGGGACAGACGAAGAGGUGCACGUUCCGCGGAAUAUCUACACGACCUCGACGACGGCCACCCCGACAUCGAGCUCAACAUCAACAGAUACGUCAACAACAUCAGCCUCAACAGCAACGCCUACGUUCGACUCUGA